CUUGACGGAGAAGUGAAGCAAAACAAAAAAAGGUUUGAUAGGUAGUUAGGGCAUUACGGGAAAGCGAAAGGGGAUCGUAAAGACAAAACAGGAUAAGGAAACUGUUUGGGAAACGGACGCGCGAGACCAGAGAGCAAAAUGUCCAGAACUACACGCAGCUCGGAAAAACGAAGGCUCCAGUAUCUACAAGACAUCCAAAGUUUGCAAGAGGAGAUCAAGUUGUUACAGAUUACCAAUGAGAAACUGAAUGGUGUUGGUUUCGAUGAUAUGAGCUUCACCGAGCUGGCCUCACUUAGAAGUAUGUUGGAUGAGGGCUUCCGCAUUGUGACAGAAGAAAUAGAAAAUGCAUACGACAAAGUAGCAGUCAAGCGGAUUUUUGAGGACGAUCUUAUGGGGGGAAAGGACUGGAUUGAUAGAAUAGACAAAGAAGAUUUGGCCUACCAAUCCCUUCUAGCGAGGAGAAGAGGAGCUUUGAGGAAGAAGGCUAGAGAAUUCCGCCUCAGCCCUCCAGAAACCCAACCUUGGCGUAGCAAUGACCCUGACCCUGAAAGACUGGAAACUCUAGAGAUCGAGAAAGAGAGACUACGUCUUUUAAACGAGAGAAUGAUUGGUAAAGAGCUUGACGGUAUGAGUUACUAUGAGCUGUGUGUGUUGAGCUCAGAGAUAUCGACUGCUGAGAUAAAAGUUGGAGCGAUGAAAGAUAUAAAACAUGCUGAAGAGAUGGAGAAGGCAAAACGUCCAAGCUAGGACGACGGUCAACAAGGAACGACCAAUCUCCCGAGGACAGAUAUGAUCGUGACUUUAGAGCAUUUUCAUUGAGAACUCUUAAGAAGGGUUCACACAUUUCCCAAAAAAAAAAUAUUAAAAUAAGCAAAUCUUGUGAACCUCUCUCUUGCAAAGUUUUUCCCGGUGAACCCUUCUCUCCUGAGAUUCAUCACUGUAGUAUGGGCCCCACGUAUCGUGGCGGCCCACGAUUGGUCUAUUUUUUUUUUUUUUAAAAAGAAAAAUCAAAAAGAAAAAUAAAAAAAUUUAAUAAUUAAAAAUUGAAAAGGUGAACCCCAAAAAGGGGUUCUCCAAAAAGAGGAUGUUGUUUAAUAAAAGAGUCUUGUGACUAUGUACUUGGAUAAUUUUUAUUGUUUUUUUCUGGCUCUUUGUGUUAUGUCUCUCUGGUGAUAUGAUUAAACUAAAGAAUUAUGGUUUUGCUAGAUUCUAUAUAAAACCUAGGUUAGGCUCCA